CGCUCUGCUGACGAGCCGUUGGUUGUGGAAACAGCUGGUUGUUUCAGUCAGCGAACUCCGCUCGGGAUUGAAAGCGAUUUAGUGCAAACGAAAGUUAAAAUUAGAAUUGAAGCUGAAUGAAAUCAGUCCGGGUUGGGUCCCCGCACCUGUUCCGACUGAAACCUGGAGAUGUCAUCCUGUUCGAACUACUCUAAAUCCGGCAGUUAGAGUGAAUUAACUACCUAGCUUUUUAGCGGCGCAGACCACCAAACUGCUGCUGCUAACGGCGGCUAACCCCUCUCCUCCCCUUUAACUGCCACCAGUGCAGUUUUUUUUUUUGCCAAAUGAGAAGCGCUGCCAGCUGCUGAGCUUCUUAACAAUCAAAAAAAAAAGUCAGGUUUGGUUUGUUUUCAACAUGGCUCAUAUUCAUUAUAAGUUUUCGUCCAAACUGAGCUACGACACGGUGGUUUUUGACGGACCGAACAUCUCGCUGACUGACUUGAAGAAGCAGAUCAUGGGCAGGGAGAAGCUCCGAGCCGGGGACUGCGACCUGCAAAUUAUAAACGCACAGACCAAAGAAGAGUUCACGGAAGAUGAUGGUCACAUACCCAAAGGAUCCUCUGUCAUAGUCAGGAGAAUCCCCAUGAUAGGAGGAAAGUCAAGCUCAAACAGCAAGACCAACCACAAAGAAAGAUCAGAUGUCCAGAUUCCCAAUGCCUUUGGAUCCCUUCGAACCGCUAGUGACUCGAGUUCUACUAGGGCUUUGUCAUUUUUCUCCAAGAUGCAGUUGGCUAAUUUAGCGGAAUCUGAUGUCUCAGAAGAAGAUAAGAUCAAAGUAAUGAUGAAUCAGUCAAGCUGUGAUAUGAUGAAGAUGAACUCCAAGCUGUGCCCUGUCCUACCAGAGAACUAUGCCUGUUAUCGCUGUGGAACCACUGGACACCAUAUCAGAAACUGUCCAGUUAGUGUGGAUAAGAAUUUUGAGGCUCCUCCAAGGAUCAAGAAAAGCACUGGAAUCCCCCGUUCCUUCAUGGUUGAGGUGGACGAUCCCAAUAUCAAAGGAGUCAUGCUGACCAGUUGCGGCCGUUAUGCAAUUCCUGCCAUAGAUGCUGAGGCAUAUGCUGUUGGUAAGAAGGAGAAGCCUCCUUUCCUUCCACAAGAGCAACCUAAAUGUGAAGAAAAGGAGGAGCCUCUACCUGAUGAGCUGCUAUGUUUGAUAUGCCGCGACCUGCUUUGUGACGCUGUGGUCAUACCUUGUUGUGCAAACAGCUACUGUGAUGAUUGUAUCCGAACAUCCUUGCUUGAGUCAGAGAACCAUUUAUGCCCUACAUGUGGCCAAUCAGACGUCUCCCCUGACACCUUGAUAGCCAAUAAAUUCCUUAGACAGGCUGUUAACAAUUUUAAAAAAGAAAGGAGCUGCAGCAAAGGCCAGAUAAAUAUGUGUGUCACAUCACAGUCUCAGAAUACAACAUCAAAACCAAACCCUGUCCCCAUUGCAACCCCGUCCAGUGUCCAGAACAAGAUCAAGAAACCUCUCCAGUCACCCUGCACAGAGCAGGAGUCUCCUGAGAACAAGCCAAAGUUGGAAAAAUCACCACCGUCAUCACAAAGUAUUGAUUGCUCUCCUACAAUUCCAGAAUCUAAUCCUUUUGAAACCUCCUCUGAGAAGCCAUCAUCCCAGACUGAGCAGAGCCAGGCCAUGAUAACCAACAGUGAGGAAUUAGAAACGACUGAAGAUAAGUCUGAGGCCAUCGCUCCGUCUGACCUCGUUUCAGGCGAAAGUUCUCCUGUUGCUCCAUCUGAGCUGAUUCCACAGGUGCUGAGACUCAACGUUGGCGAAACGCACAACCAUAAGAGCUCUGUUCCUACUGAAGUUCCUUUGUCUGCUCAGAAAAAAUUUGCAGGAGGGACAGAACAGCUUCAGCCUGUCUGUAUGAAUCAAAUACAAUCCACUUUAGAUUCAGCCACAAGACUCUCUGGAUCAUCAACCUCCAGGGACAGUACCUGCUCCAUUUCCAAUUACCCUGCUGGAAGCUUGACUGAAUCUAGCUUAGAGCAGCGUAAAACCUCCACCUCUUCCUCAUCAUACACUUCAUUACCAGCCACACCUUCCCCUCUCUUUCCCUCCCCUCCGUUCCACACAUUUGUUCCAACCCACCAUCCUCUCACCAGUUACCUCCCUGGAUACCCACCAACCACACCUGCCUGGAAGCUUCCAAUCCCACCUGGAACGCCAAUCCCGUCCCUCUGCUCCUCCUCUCCCACACCCUCAAUCCCUGUUUUGAUCUCCGAGGAGUGGUACAGGUUACAAAGAAAUAAAAAGGAAAGGUCACCACACAAACGGUCUGUUCCUCACUCUGCUUCAAAGUCCUCCAAAUCUAAAUCUUCCCGCUCCUACUCUGGAUCAUCCAGUCGCUCUGGAUCCCGCUCCAGAUCAAGACAUUGCUCUCCUUUCUCCAAUCAAAAGGCUUUCCACAACCACUCUAACCCUUCCAGGUCCUUUGGGUACAAACGGCCUCGUUCUCCCACUCCGUCCUCAUCUUCUUCACCUCCAAGUAGUUCCAACUGUAGAUCCAAGUCGUCCUCAGACCACAGCCGGAUGAGCCACCACCACAGCAAGAGGUCAGCCUUGAGCAGCCAUGGCUCAAAGAGACGAGGGGAGCGCUCAUCCAGGGAGAAGAGAAAAUCCUUAGGUUCUAAGGCUUUGAAUGAUAGAAGAUGCCUGGAGCUGGAGAGGCAGCACUACCUUCUGUGGAAGAGGGAGUACCAAGAAUGGUACAAUAAAUAUAUCAGUAGCUAUAUUAGCCAGUUUCACCAGCUGCCUUUCCCUCCUCCUCCUCCUCCUCCACCACCACCAUAUACUCAAGACUCUUACUACCUAAAACAAGAAGGAGACGCAGUCAGGAAGGGAGAUCGCUCUCCUACAUCUGAGGACUCAAGUCGUUCCCCUCCAUCUCAUUCUUCAAAUGAUCAUCAUUCCCCAAUACGUCAUCCCUCAGGUGACAGCUGCUCCUCUAAAGCCCAUGACUGCCAUUCUUCACCUGCUCAUUCUUCCAAUGACCAACCUUCCAUGUCAUUAGAAAUUGAAGUUCAACCUAAGGAUCAUUUGGAGGAGGGAAAUGAGAAGAAUAGGAAUCUGACACAUUCUUCACCAAAAAGCAGUGAGAAAGUAAAUCUACAAGAAACAAUAACAGGUGACAAUCUACAAACAAAGAAGAAGGAUGAAGACUGUAGUGCUUUCAAAAAAGAACCAAAGAAGAAAAAAUCUGAGAAAUCUCCCUCGUCUGAUUCUUCUGGUUCCAUCAACGUUCUCAGACAGGACAAGAGGCGGCGCAUCACUGAACCAAGCAGCUGCAAGGAUGAUCCAAAAGUAAAGCACACAUCAGUUAAACCUCUUCUGAAACCAGACGAAUGUUUAGACAAAGUAAAGGACAAACGCAAAGAGGAAACUAACUUGAAAAGAGAGCGAGGGUCGAAAAAAGUUAAAAACAGUGAGAAAAAACACAAAGUUCAACCCAUCACAGACACAGAUAGGUUAGACACCAAAGUACAUCCAUACCCUGAAGGCAGCAAGACUCACGACUCAAAAUCAGAGCGGGACAGAAAGAGAAAAAAACAGGAUGAAGAGAGAAAUAGUAAAGACAGGGAUAUUCUUAGUAAGACUAAAAGUGGCAAAUGCCUCCAACCUAAAUCUGCAGAAAAGCCCAAAAGUGUUCAUCGUGAAUCACUAAAGCCGUCUGGCAGAGGAACCCAAAGCACUAAGAAAGAGAGCCCAGCAGCACCUCUGACUAAACAAGACAUCUGGGAAGGAGGGGUGAAGAUGAUUUCUCAGAAGAAGAUAAGCAUCAAUAUCAACUUGGAUGGGAAAAAGAAGGACGACAAGAUUGAAGAGGGCUCUUCCAGUCUGGGAAUCUGUACUGAGGAAGGAGUAGAGUUUGCUUUUACAGAAGAGAAGUUGGAGAAAGAAAAUAAAAAAACAGAAGUUAAUGAAAAAGAAGAACCAAACUCUGGACCUUUGUUACUGGAGAGGCCAUCUCUCUUCCAAGAGAUCAGAGAGUCUGACAUAAAUGCUGUUGACAUGGAGAUAGAAAUUCCUAGAAAGGAUGGAGAGGACCAGAGAGAGGAGGGGGACAUGGAUUUAUGGCACUGUGCUCUAAAAGAACUGAAGGACAGCAAGGAAACAGGAAAGGAAGAAGAGGCGGUGAGAGAAGAUGAUGGCUGCAGAGGUCCCAAACUGCUCCACACACAAGUAGACAGAGGAAGUGUUGGCAGAGAAAACAAAGAUGGAACACAGAAAGAAGAGGCAGAUAGUUUAAGCUCACAGAGAAGCAAAACAAAAAAACCUCUUGAUGAACAAAAUGACACAUCAGAACACAGCAGUGUUUAUGGAUGGAGACAGGAGAGGACAGCAAGGGGAAAGCUACUGGAGGAGGAACCAAAUGCCUGUGCAGAAGUGACACAACAUGAGCCUACACUGGUACCUCGCAUCAAGUGGGAGAAAAAGGAAAAAGACUCGGAUAAAAGCGAAAAGAGAGCAGGACAGCCACCAGAGACAAGGACAGACACUGAGUCAGUAGGAGACAAUAAACAGAAGAGUCUCAGAUCAACAGAGAGAGGGAGAGACGGGAUCAGAGUGACAGUGGAAGGCAGGGGCCAGGAGAAAAGGAAAAACUCUGCUUCUUCUGGGCGCUUUUCUGCUGUGGCGCCCUCUGGUGGCAGUGAGCAAGAAAGGGACAAAGGGAGAAUAAGAGAGCAGGAAAGACGAGAGCAGGAGAUUUCAAAGCAAAGACUGAAGGACGAGGAAAGGAAGAGAGACCCAGAAGUCCUGUUGUCAAAGAGAAAUAUGUCUUCAUCUCACUCUUCUUCUCAUUUCUCGGUUUCAAAAGAUGGAGAGAGGAAAGGCCUUUCAAGAGAAAGUGUCCAGAGUUAUUUUCACAGCAGAACAUCCUCCAGAUCGACCUUUAUGCCUGAUCAACAUUCAGCCAAAAGACACAGAGAAGAAUUCCUGGACUUUGAGAGCAAAGACAAAAACUCUCUCUUUGACUACAAUUAUCACUAUCCUACAGGAGACUACAGUUACAAAGACCGACCCUUAGGGGCUCAGCACUCUCCUCCUACUUACAGCCACCACAGGGAUAGGGGCACACACUCCUAUGGGCCUCCUGCAGGCUCUUACAGAAGCUUUACCGACUGGGAAUUAAUGCAAAGCAAAAGCAGAGAUGAGAGCAGGGUACAGAAAGGAGAGAAGCCAGGGAAGGAGAAGAAUGCUUUAGAUCGCAACAGGGAGAGAGAAAAUCCAGAGGCGGUGGGUGGCCGAGGAGGCGGGAGCUGGAAGGAGGAAAACCCCCAAAGAUUGGAGGAACGACGUCGAUCCAGCAGCAGUAGCAGCAGCAGCGUCCGUUCAUCAGCAAGCCGCCGAAGCAGCAGGGAUUAACAGAGAGAAA